UCCGCCAUAUCUCUCCAACCCAAAAUAAUCGUUCGCCGGAAAUAUUUUCCGACGGUUGCCGGAAUUCGUGGAUCUAAACUUUGUAAUGGAAGCCAAAAGAGCUUACAUCGAUCAUCGAUGGACGAACGAGAGGCACCUUGAUUUCCUGAAAUCUGUAGAAGCUUCGUUCGUUAGAACAAUGCUGGAGAACAGCGACGAUCGCGUUUUUCUUCCGAUGGAUCGGUACUUGCCGGAUAGUUGCGAAUCGACGUUAGACUCGAAGCGGAUGACGACGGCGCCGACUGGUGCGAAGAGAAGAAAAAGGCAUUUUCCGGCAGGUAUGUUUGAUAAUUUGAAAAAAGAGUCAGAAGAUUACGCCUUCAAUUUUCCUCUCCGCAUGAAGAGGAUCAGGUAGUUCCAGAGAUCAAAUAUAUAAAAACGGAAGAUGAUGACAACAAGUGGACAAGUUCUUGAUAGUUUUGUUUUAGCUUAUAACAAAUAGGUCGGUUUUUGAUUGGUGUUAGGGAUAUUAUUAAUUUAUUGGUUAAUUAUAUUAAAAACCUUUGAUUAAUAUUAUUUAGAUAUUUACAUUCUUUUUAAGAUAUUUUAGUACAGCUAACUUCUAAAUUGUUUGGUUUGCAGUUA